AGAACCUUGGGGCCCUUCGUGUUGACAUCUGCUCAACGGAACCAACAGCCGGUUGAAGCAUUUUUCCGAGGAAAGGGAUGGCUGGAAAGCUGUAGACAGGCGCCGCCCCCUCGAACAUGUCAAAGUGCCAUUCCGAACCAUCCCUGGGCAGCCACAUGAGCCUUCCGCGUCGCGUCCUGGAGACCCGCCUGGCCGAGCAGCGAGCUUAAAAAAAAGCUAGUUCGGCCAAAUGGUCCGAGAUCAACCUCUGAUCAGACCCAAGUCACGUCUGGAAACCUUGCCUGCAGAAAUCAUCCAGGAGAUCUUCCUGCGUUGUCUGGAGAUCAGUCUCCCGCGAGCCUCUAUCCAUCUUGCGCGGGCGCUCUCCAACCCUAUCAUAUACACAUGGCUCGUUAAGCUUGCCUUUGCCAAGGCAGAUGGCGAUGGAGAAUCUAUCCAUACGCGGCACUUUCUGCCCCCGCAUGAUGCUGUCGGAUACGUUGGCGGUGAUGGGCUAAAGGAGCUUCGCACUCAGAUUCUUGAGUGCCGUUGGUGCACCCUGCCCUUGAUUCGCCGCUGUCAGCUGGCCUUUCUCCAGCAUGUCAUCCAAUACAAGCGUCCCGACUUCAACGUCGUUCCGGAUGACCAGCACCACCUUGCUGCAUUCGCGAAGUGGUUUGACAAUCCCAAACCCUGUGAUACCACUUCGAACGGGCAACGCGGCGAGCGUGAUCUGGUCUUACGGGCCAACCGGCCCGGCAACGAAUUCAAUGAAUCCAACCCUAAACGCUCGCAUGACUACAACGUUGCGGUAUGGUUCAAUCUCGGCAUUGUCGAGGUCUUCAAAGCGAGAGAAGGAGACCCCAAGGGGAAAAUCUACUUCGAGCUUCCGUAUUGCGAGGGCUCCAAUCUGCCAGACAAACUGCUAUGUGCGCCCUGGACGGAAGAAAAGCUUGAGUUCCUGCAGUUAAUCUCGACAAGAGCAUUCCUUGACAGGGAUACCGACUAUGACCGCGCAACUCGCACUCUGCGCCGUCUGAUCCGUGAUCGCGAUUUCCCUAUUUUUGCGCGAUUGCUGGACAUUUAUGUGCGGAUAGAGUGUUACGGGUUUCCUAUUAUCUGGCCAACCAAUAAUAUGGUAUUUCGGGCUGCAUUAAAACAUGCCGAUGAGCAGGGUGACCCUUUCGUUCGCUUACUAGUUGAGGAACGGUGGGAUCAUAUUGAGCCCGAGGGUGUCAUUUUGAAAGAGAAGUUGAUGAAGAAGAUGCUGAGUUGGGGGUAUAUCUAAGAUCCUCUGGAUCGGUAGUUAGUGUUGAAUAGGCAAUGGCCGUCUUUAUUACCGGAUUAUAUUGGUCACGCAUGUAUAUACAACUUUUAUAUAUUUAAGAUAAUAAAAGCUGAGGACUGUUCUUCACCCAAGCAUCGUGUCAAUAUGCAAAUUUCAACAAAGCCCA